AUGGCAGCAGAUAACUUUACACCUAUCGAGAAGAUGUGGCAGCGUCUGUUCACUCUCGACGGACAGCCUCUACCGCGGCUUGGCGAAUUCCUGCGGGGACUGGCAUUGCACCUGAUUGAAGAUUACGAACCAAAGAAGAGUCUGGUAAUUUCUCCGGCUAAGUUGCAUCGGUUUUACAACGAGGUCAACGUUAAGGACGAAACAUACCCUUGGCAGUCGAUCUUUGAGGAUCUGUCAUAUGCAGCUCUAUCCAAGAUAUAUCGUGAGCUGCGAUGCCAAUAUCAUUUGAUUCAGGAGCAUCCGGCUGAGCCACCUUCCAUUCCUGCUCUAACACCCGAAGGGUUCGAAGCAUGGAUAACGCUGAUGAUUCGGGCACAUCCUGAUGUUGAAUACGAGCGGCUGGCAAAAGCUGUCCUAGAUAUGCCAAUUAGUAAUGCUGACGACCGGAAGGAGAGAUUUCCCAAACAACUCCCUCGACGACUACUGCCAGCUACAGAGAAUUUGCAAGCUCAGCAACGUUGCGCUGCCGCGCUUUCUUCUGCGGGUGUUGGGCCUCUUCGUCGGGCGCCAAUCUUCCCACCUCCACCCUCAAAGACGCAGUAUACUACAGAUACAGAUGUGCCCAAUUUGGAGCGAGAAAGAAGUCCUUAUACCUCUAGACCAGAUAUACGAGCGUUUCCAUCCGAAGAAGGAGUGGGAUCCCCUUCCGUCCCCAUCGAGCGCGAGAGAAAGCCCUACACAUCAACCCCAGGGGUCGGGAAGACGUACAAUGACGACUUCAAUCGUAAUGGUAGUGACGAGGAAACUGGACACGCGCCUCAUCGAUGGACACAGUCUACUGUAAAUCCACCUUCGUUUGCAACCCCUUGGCCCGAGACUCACCACCAUCCUCGAACCCAUUCAAAUUUCUCCUCUUUCCGUCCAAAGAGUCCGACUUCCUCCAAUUAUGGUACAGAAUCCGACCCAAACAUCCACGAGACCUUCAGCAGCUACUAUGCAUCAGGCUUUCACAGCUUCGACGAUGAUCCACGUGAAUACAGCCAGGAAACUGGAGGGAACACUUUUUAUCGACAUCGAAGAAGAAUGGGAGGAUCUUUCGAACCGCACCCACGGUCGGUGUACGACGAUGAUGACUACCGGGAGAGACAUAGAAGCAGCGGUUAUGAUGGGAGGGACAUGAAUCCCGCCGCUAUUGAUUGA